AUGAAUGCGGUAGGCAGUACUCGUGUCAUGAGAAAGUUCGUGUUUCCUAACUCAAAGUUAAGUGAUCUUAAGAAGGUUGUCGCCUCCUCUAUAAACGACAACCCUACUCGGGUUGAAGUACUAACUUCUCUACUUUACAAAACCGCACUAGCAGCGGCUACAACAAAUUCUGGUUGCUUUAAGUCAUCUUAUUUGUUUCUUCCGGUGAAUACACGUAGCAGAUUAGCCGAGAAGCUGCCCCAAACAACCGUGGGAAAUAUUGGGUCACUUAUUUUGGUACCAACUACACAUACAAGUGAAGCAUCGUUAAGUAUGUUGGUUAGUGAGAUAAAGAAACAGAAAUUGCAAUUAGAAGGAGUUCAAAGCGUGCAACAGGCAACUGAAAACUAUAAACUGGCACAGUCAAUACUGGGAAAUGAUCAAGAUUUAGAAACGUUGUUUAAGAGAUCAUAUGUAUGCAGCAGCUUAUGCGGGUACCCCUUUAACAAAGUCGAUUUCGGGUGGGGAAAGCCCAUGGCUACAGUAAUUACAUUUAGAUCAUCAUAUAUGAAUGUGUUUGUGCUUAUGGAUACUCCAAACGGUGAUGGCAUCCAAGCGCAUGUGUUUUUGGAAAACCAAGACAUGGAAAUAUUUCAAAAUGACAAAGAGUUGCUUUCAUUUUGCCAACUUAAUUAA